CUUAACAUGCCAUUCAAUGGUACAACGGUGGCCUACUGGAUAUAUGACUCCCCACCUGUUAUAUCAGUUUAAUGGAAGCCCUCGAGGAGUAACUGUCAAUAAUAAGUUAACAAUACACACACUUACAAAGUUGGAUAAAGGAAAAGACUUAUCAUGUCAGGCAACUGAUGACCUUCAGAAAACUUCUAUCAAGAGUGAUGCUGUUACUUUGGAUCCUUAUUAUGGUCCGGACAAUGUUGUCCUAAAACCUGGUAACACAGCUCUCAAUAUUACAGAAAGAACAACAUUAGGCCCUAUUGACUGUUCUGCAAUUUGCUAUCCGAAAUGUUUAUUCGAAUGGAAAACAAACAGAACAGGAACUUUUAAAGAUGUCCUUUCCAAUGAAACUCUAGUUCUAGCAAAUAUAAAGGAGAAUCAGGCCGGGAUCUACCGUUGCCUAGUUUUUCAUCCUUCUAAUACAACACGUCUUAUAAGAACAGAUAUAUCAGUGAAUGUACAGUAUUCUCCAAAAAUUGAGUCACUUUGGCUAAGUGAUAAAAAUGAAACAUAUGGAUCUGGAAGACCUCCAACCUAUAGUUUUAGUGAAGGCAAUCAUCUAACGAUAACACUGCGUAUUAAAAGUAACCCAGAUCCGCAAAUAGUAAUAAACUCCUCUAUGAUGACGUUUUCAACAUUACUUUAUACCAAACAGUCUGAUUAUUUCACAACAAAUCUACCUUCUCUUAAAUGUGAAAAUUCUGGAAACUUUGCGAUACACGCUAGUAAUGGGAUAGCGUAUGGAGACAAUAGAACAGUCACCUUGAAGAUCAAGUGUAAACCUCGUGAUGUUAAAACAAAUCGCAAAAUAGGAACAAAGGUCAACACCGAUGUAAACAUAGUAAUGGAUGUCAUAUCAUUUCCGGCACCAACUGUUACGUGGCUUCAUAUGACUACAUUUAGGUGGACGGUCCUAAAAGACAAAUACGAUUACAAGCAUAUCAUCAGUUCCACUAUACGAAUAACUUCGAAAGACGAUUUUCGUGAAUACGGAAUACAGAUUUGCAAUACAUUAGGAUGUAUUGUGGAAAAUAUCACUUUACAACCCGAAGAUAAGCCAGAAGCACCACUAAAUUUCUCGGUUGAAACAACAACAUUUAGAUCAGCUAGUUUAUCCUGGAUUGUUGGAUUCAAUGGUGGACAUGAGCAAACAUUUUCCGUCAAGUUUAAAACUACAGAUAGUGACGAGGACACGAAGAUUGUGCACACUAGUGACACUAAAACGGGGAGUAAGGUAUAUUACAUAUUGGAUCAGCUUAAACCUGACACUUUGUAUCACGUUAUGGUUUUGUCAACAAACAAACAUGGAAACAGGAAUGCAUCACUUCAAUUCAAAACAGAGGUUGAAUAUAUUGGAAAGUCAACGUCAAAAACGACUUCAAUUUCUACGCUAUCAAUUGUGCUUGUCUGUGGUUAUCCAGUUUUAUUUGCAGUUAUCAUCGUUCUUUUAGUGUUUAUCAACAGAAGAAACAAAUGCAGCACAGGGGGUUCGAACCCAACGAACAUAAAUUCCACCACGUCUGAUGAAUAUACAGUUAUACAGAGAGGCAAUCCGACCUUUACAGAGCCAUACUCGACGUUGCAGUCUCCGACAGAAUCAACAGCUCUUCAUGCGGACAGGAUGGAAACUGAUACCUAUGAUGAAUGUGGAAUAAUAACUGAUGUAGAAGUAAACCAAACUAUAGACAACAGGAAGAGUGGAAAUAGCAAAGACAAACAAGAAAGUGUUUCAGGCAAGGAGCAAACGAAGGAGAGGUUGUAUGCUAAUACGAAGAUCUAGCAGUUUUAUACAAUGGAUUCAUUUAUUUUCGUUGGUACCAAUUUUCGUGGAUUGAGGAAAACUAACAUGCUCGCGGAUAUUUGAUUUCUCGGUUUUGCCGAAGUCUGCAUACAAGCCAAAAGAAAAUUUGUCAUUCGUUGAUCAUUUGAUUUCGUGGUUCAA